AUGACUGCCACUGGAACACGGACCAAAACGGCUCAAAGAUUGAGCACAAAGAAUCGAACAACGGACGGAAGGAUUCGAAAGGCGGGCGGAGCUGGCCAUAGAAGAGUAGCUGGGGCAAAUACGAACCCGACUAACACUGGCCCUGCCGCAAUCGCUGCCCAAUACAGUCAGGAAGGAGCCGAUUACAUGCAGUGGAUGAAAGAGCACAACAAUGGCAACAAGUGUCGUCAGGAACCGAAGGACCCAACGCCUGCGUGA